AGACUGGUACUGCCGCCCCCUUUCCACGCACCUGCACCUGCACUCCGCAGAACUCCAAGGCGCUCUUUUGGAGGACUUCUGAGGAGAUCAGGGAUUCACUUUCUGCAGCCAAUUCCCUUGCGGAAGAUCAAUGUUCUCUGUAGAAACGCUGCGCUUCCCCAGAGUGAGAAAGGUGGGACUCCGCUCUGUCAGGGCCAGGCGGGACAGCCCGGAACGGCAAGUCAGAGCACCGUGUUCCAUGAGUGACCUCAUUGGCGAUCACUUCCGCUCCGGAGUCUGGAAUACCGGAGGCUCUUUGGAGGCGAACAUCAAGAAAGGCACUUCCUGUGUCUGUUGCCAAGGCGCCGCCCUGGUGGGCCGGAGCGGCGAUAUUAUUGGCGUCGUCCUCUCCCCCCUUCCUGGGGGUCGAGAUGUCGGGGCUCAGCCAGCCAGAGAUGGAGGGCUGUCGUAAUCUGCUCGGCCUUUUGGACAACGACGAGAUCAUGGCCCUGUGCGACACCAUCACCAACCGCCUGGUGCAGCCUGAGGACCGCCAAGAUGCCAUUCGUGCAAUAUUAGUCUACAGUCAAAGUGUAGAAGAACUUCUGAAGCGUAAAAAAGUCCACCGAGAAAUAAUAUUUAAGUACUUGGCAACACAGGGGGUGGUUAUACCUCCAGCUACUGAAAAACAUAAUCUUAUUCAGCAUGCAAAAGAUUACUGGAAUAAACAAUCACAACUGAAAUUGAAAGAAGCACCAAAGCCAGUUACAAAGAGAGAAGACAUCCAACUCUUUCAAAAACAGGAGAAAGAAGAUAAAAAAACUGAAAAGGUUGAUUUUCGUCGAUUAGGGGAAGAGUUCUGUCACUGGUUCUUUGGGCUUCUUAAUUCUCAGAAUCCUUUUCUGGGACCACCUCAAGACGAAUGGGGACCACAGCACUUCUGGCAUGAUGUCAAGCUUAAGUUUUAUUACAACACAUUAGAACAAAAUGUGAUAGACUACCAUGGAGCAGAAAUCGUGAGCCUUCGUUUGCUGUCAUUAGUGAAAGAAGAAUUUCUUUUUCUUAGCCCCAACCUAGAUUCCCAUGGACUGAAAUGUGCUUCUUCUCCCCAUGGGCUAGUUAUGGUUGGAGUUGCCGGGACUGUCCACAGAGGGAACACUUGUUUGGGCAUUUUUGAACAGAUUUUUGGACUCAUCCGCUGCCCGUUUGUGGAAAAUACUUGGAAGAUCAAAUUUAUCAACCUGAGAAUUGUUGGAGAGAGUGCCCUUGCUCCUGGAGCAUUACAAAAACCAACUAUUACAUUUGAGCCGAGUGAUCUAGAAGCCUUUUAUAAUGUAAUCUCUUUAUGUGGUACCAACGAAGUACGGCUUAAUGGAAAGCAGACAAUGGAGUGUGGAACUGGAGACCAAGCUUUAUGUGCUGGAAAUGAAGCAUUGUUGAACAAAAGAGAACUGAGUUUACCUCUAAAGCACUGAGUAUCAUAUGUCAUCAUAAAAAAUCUUCAGUACUGAAACCCUUCCAAAUACUGCGUCAGUAAUGUCUAAUUGAUUUCAGAUGUGAGGUUUGACAUAUUUUUUAGUUGAAAUACCUUUCUUGACUACAAAUUAACCUGUGAAUACUUGCCUCUGUCUAUAUGAGUUGUAGCACAUGUUCUGAGAGCAUAAUGCAGUUCAUCAGAUAAAUCCCACUGUAGAUGUUAUAGCUAAUGAUGUGCCUUAGAAACCAGGUAAUGCUUUCAUUUUACUUAGUGAAUAUUCUAUUGUCUGUGCUUUUCAAGUGACAAAGGAUUAAUAGUGUUCAGGGCUUCACCUCUUAAGUUUCUCAUUUACUUUUAUCUAAAUCUAGAUAAUUAGAUAUUUUACAAAUGCAUCACACUACAGUACUGUUUAAAGAAAGAUUAACUAUUUUAGAGAUGUUUAAUGUAAACUCAGAAUUCUUAUUUUAGGAAACUUGAAAGACAUGACGUUCUUAAUGCAAAACAUCCAAUAAUUUAGCAGUUGGAGAAAAAUUUACUUGUUUAAAUAUUUGAGAAACAUUUUUCAAAGUUACCUGGUGUAAUUCAAGCUUAGUAUCUUUUAUGAUCUAACAUUUUCUGAACUGUUUUGGGCAAUGGUAAAUACUGUUCCCAAAACAAACCUUAUUCUUACUAGGUCUCAAUUAACAGUUUUUAUAGAGCAUUUAUAUUAGCAUCUUGUACAAAAAAAACAUACCGUUGAAAUUUUUAAAAAGGAGUGUCUGAUUCAUAAGUUUUAAAUAAACUACUAUUCUUCCUCUUGGUUAAUCUUGGAAGAAGUGACAAAAAACCUACAGAUUUAUAAUGUGUGCAUACAUACAUGCAUGUAUAUAUACAUCUACAUCAUAAAUUAGAAUUAUUAGGAGUUUUUCACUUCUAAUUUGUGUUACUAUGUUUGAGUUAUAAGGCUGAGUUGUCAGAUUAAUUUCGUAAUUGCUUAAAGUUCAAAAUCCUUAUCACCCAGCAACUGGAUUUAGUUUGCAAUUUUGAUUUAUAAAGGUGCCAUUUGGAAAAAAAAAUUCAGCUGGAAAAUUGUGAUAAUGUAUUGUGCGUGUUAAGUUGUACCUUUAACUCUGUUCGUGAUCAUCUAGGGUGAUUGAUAUAUCAAUGUUGGACACAGGAGGAAAAAACUCAUCUUUUUUUUUUUUUUUUUAAUUCCAUGCAUCUUAUGAGCAGUGCAAGUUGAUUUGUCCUAAAAUAAGAACUUAAUAAAGGAGGGAAAUGCCUUUUGCCUGCUGUAAGAAUAGUGUAUCGUUUAGAUUUAAUUUCAGUUGCCUUACUCUUGGAUAAUAAAGUUUUAGGCAGUUAACCAAAAUAAAGCUAAUUUUACUGCUUGUUACACUAUCAGUGUGACAUAAUUAGGUAUAAAGAAAACAGCAAUUCAGGUUAGUAGUCCACCUUGACUCAUCCUGUAGCUCUGCUCAGAUUGUGAAAGAAUGAGUAACUAAAGCCGAAGUAUGUUUUUCUUCCUUAAGCUUGAAGUACCCAUUAUAAAAUGCAAUAGAUAAAUAUCCUAAGUAAAGGAUAAAAUAAAAAACCAUUCUCUUUU